AUUUCAACUCAUUCAGACCAUUCAAGAUUUUUACCAUUUUCAAAAAUAAUUAACGCUUUUCCCGAAAUUCCCCAAUUUUUGGGAAAUUCCCGUUGAAAUCCAUGGGACAUUCUUCAAAGUUCCACAACUCCCCCAUUUUUCAUCCGAUUCAAACUGUUCCAACUUCAACAUAUUCACCCUGUUUCAACCAUUCUAAAAAGAAUUCCAGGAUUUCAGUUCAACGUCAGCAUUGGAGCAUUCCCACGCAAUUCCUUCAUCUAGGUACCUGAUAUAUUUAUUUUUUUACAUGAUUUUUACUAUUAACACCUAUUAAUAAAAGUACUGAUGUGACAUCACAGGAAGUGUGCUGCGUGGAUGACAGACCCAAAUCUGCUCGCCUGGACUCACGUGUGACAUCAUCAUGUUCCUGUGGAGUCACGCCGCAUCAGACGGCCAUGCGACUGGUACGCACGGACGUGGAGAAGAUGGCUGAGGUCCGUGCGGCCCCGUGUUUGCUUUAUCCGCAGUGACUCCUCUCGCUUCGGGAGCCCCGGGGGCCCGGCCAGCGUGUAGCGUCUCUCAUUAGUCUGAUGAGGAUCGGUCCGGUGACGGACUGCACUGGAGACUUGGUGCCAUGAGAGCGGCGUGGCUUUGUUUCUGCCUGCUCCUGCUGCACGCUCACAAAAGCAGCCCAGCUCUCGCCAGAUCUGACGAGGACACCGAAAGAGGCGCGCCGGCCGUCGACGCCAUGAAGACCGUCGGGGCGUCGAACUCGGUGCUCGGCUCGGAGCGCCGCUCCGUCCUCCGGCAGGAGCGCGCCCCGCGCCUGUCGGCCCAGGUGCCCAAGAGAGCCCAGCAGGGGUCACGCUUUGCCCUGUCCCUGGACGUGCCCACCAGCAUCCUCAGCGUCCUCAUAGACCUGGCCAAGAACCAGGACUUGAGGACCAAAGCGGCGGCCAACGCAGAACUGAUGGCACGGAUUGGCAAGCGGAAAUAACAGAAGGACGGGGGAGAAAAGACAAUGGCGGACAAUGUUAACUCAGCUAGAAGCCAUUAUUAUCUGCUUCACCUGGUCCUUCAUGUAUGAUGACAUCACUUGUACCAGAUAAAGCUACUAUGUGACAUCUGCUCGCUUCUUCUAAUCCAAUCUGUUUGCAGCCUCUUCAAUUCAAUAGCAUCAUAAUCAUAAUAACACAUUUCCACUCUGCCCGGUCAGGCAUCGGCGAGCCUUUUGAAGGCGAGCGGACGCGUCACGGCGAUGGCCGAUAAACCUGACAUCGCGACAGGAUAUUGACCUCGCGGAGAAAGAACGCAGGCGGCUUUCACAUCGCCUUUUGUUCGCCCCUUGCUCGUUACGUUUGACGCUCCCUGGCUAUUUUCAGUCUUCAUCAGGCAAACGUGUGAUUCAUCCAGCGUCCCGCACUGAGCAUGAAAUGUGAUUCA